UCCUGGUCCUGAUCCCAGUCUUGGUCCCGCUGCUGGCGCCGGGUCCUGGUUCUGGUCUGGGUCCGGGUCCCGCUCCCGGUCUCACUGCCGCUCUCGGUGCCCGUCCCGGCGCGAUGUGAGCGACCCCAGCCAUGGCCCGGCAGAGAGACCUGGACAAGCUGCUGGCGGAUCUCAGAUCCUUCCUGCUGAUCCUGGACCGGGAAAGCCUCAGCAGCGCGGCUCGGGCCAAGAAGAAGUCGGUGGCCGAGCUCCUCUCCCGGCUGCAGAGCCCCUCCUCAGAGGAUGCAGAGUACAUGAUCAUGCGCUGCCUGUCGCCCUCCCCGGGGACCCCGCACGGACGAGCCAGCCCCGGACCCAGGACGGUGGAUGGGACAGGAGGGAGAGGCUGUGAGUGCCGCCCAGCCAGCAGCCUGAGCCUGCAGCGAGGGGUGGAGAGCAAGGCGCCGGGCACCUCACCACCCCCACCAGGCGAUGACUCCUAUGAAGAUGCCGAAGCCCUCAGCUCCAGCAGGUGUCCCGGCUCUGGUGAGCAGCCCCCGCACCCCCUCCCCAGCAUCCCCCCCCACGCACCCAGCCCCCUGACACCCUCCCGGCUCUCAGGCGACGCCGACAGCGACAGCAGCCACUACGAGUCCUACGAGGAGGAGGAGGAUGGGCUGAAGGAGCGUGCCCACCACCUCGGCCCCGAGGCCGACCCCCCCGGUCGCCCCCAGGCUCAGCUUUGUGGCUUCCUCUGGCGGAAGCGCUGGCUGGGGCAGUGGGCAAAGCAGCUCUUCAUCGUCCGUGGCCAUGUGCUGCUGGUGAGGAGGAGGAGGAUGGAGGAAGGGUGGGAGCUCAGUUCUCUGAGCUCUGCCGACUCCUCCGUGCCCCCACAGUGCUUCAGGUGCGCCACCGACCCGCACCCCCUGCUGGAGCUGGACCUGAGGGGCUGCCGAGUCGCCUACAAAGCCAAGCGUGGCAAGAAGAUGCCCCACGCCCUGAAGGUGACAGGGGCCGUGGGGGAGACCCUGGCCAUCGGCUUCCAGAGCAGGCAGCAGGCUGAGGACUGGAGGAAGGUGAUCGAAGAGGUCAGCAGCGAUGCCCCGGGCGGGCUGGCAGCCGUCAGUGUCCCAGGGCCAACCUCCUCCGGGCUCGGCAGGCUCAGCAAGGAGAAGGAGGAGCAGGGCUGCUCCCAGCAGAGCCCUCCCCGCAGCCCCCGGCCUGGCGUGGAUGUUAAAGGAGGCCUCCUGGCAGUGCGGCUGCAGGGGCAGUGGCAGCGGCUGUGGUGUGCGGUGAGAGACGGAGCCCUGCGCAUGUUCCCCGAGCCUCCUGGCAGCGCCCAGCCCCCGCCCCGGCCCCAGCACCCGCCCCGGCCCCAGCACCCGCCCCGGCCCCAGCACCCCACCUGUGCCCUGGGGCUGGAGGGCUGCCAGGUCUCCCCAGGGGUGGCCUCCAGCCCCCCCAGCCAGCACCUCCGCAUCCGCAUCAGCCAGCGAGGCCAGGAGCUUGCCCUGCUGCAGACCCGCUCAGAUGAGGAGAGGGAAGCUUGGCUGAAGAAGCCAAGGAGCGGAGGGGAACCUAGCAAUGAGAAGACCCUCAAGGAGCCCCCCAGGCUGGGCAAUGCCAGCAGCUGUCCCUCUGCAGGUGGGCUUCUGCUGCGCCGUGUCCCUACCCCCAAUGCCUACAUGGAUGACCCCUUUGGGCAGCCCCCACCAGCCCAGGUGCCCAAACACCUCUACUCCAACAUGGAGAGGCUGCAGCAGCUGCAGCAGAGCUUGGACCCAGCGGUGCAAGGGCAGCGCAAGAGACCUGUGUCUGCAGUGCCCAGCGGUGCCCACAGCAGUGCCCUGGGCAGAGGUUUGUCCUGGCAGGGAGCACCACCAGCAGCUCUCCAGGGCAGGGCAGAUAGGAGCCAGGAGCUCAGGAGCAGGGAUGUCUCCCAGUCCCAACGCACCCUGACACUACCUGAGAAGAAAGGAGCUGGGGACGGGCUGGAUGCCCUCAUUGGGAAAAAAGCUUUUCCCAAGCUGGAGGAGAAGGUGGAGCAGCUGGAGAGGAGCUGCCGUGUGCAGGGCAGGCUGAAAGCAGGCUCCGAGAUGAACCUGCUGGCCAUCGGCAAGUCGCUGAAGGGCCACACCGCUGCCACCGGCAGCUCUGAGGACUCUUUCCUGGCACCGCUGCUGAAGCGAACGGCGUCGGCGAGGAGCGCCCCGAGGCCGCCUCCUUCCCCGCUCCUGGUGCAGAGGGGCAGUGUGCUGCGGAAGAGAAAGGAAUGGGAGAUGAAGUCUGUGAUGUGAGCAGCACCCAGACGUCCCUGCUGGCCUGGGCAUCUCUCAGCACAGCAUUGGGCUGCACGUGGAUCGUGCAGGACCA